CCGUCUACGGUUCGAGCAAGUCGUUAUCAGUACGAUUUAUCGUAACGUUUCGAGUACUAUUUUACGGUCAGUAAAUCGCCUGAACGUAUCGUGUUAUGCAACAUUUUCAACGCGAAAAUGACAUCGGUCGUAUUUAUCGAUAGUUGGAGUACAAUUUAAUGAAUUUCAUCCAUCCGAGAAGCUAGUAAAAUGACCCAACUGACUUUUACCGAAGUGGAGCAAUGGCUGGACAAACAUACCGAUUUAUGUCAAGAUUAUUUCCUCCGUAAAGCAGAACUGAUUCUAAUAAAUAAAUGGCUCUCGGCUCACGGAUUCGCCACCAUCAACGAUUACUUGAGCGACUCUCGACGUAAUUCCAACGACGCCACAUCGAGUAAUUUUUUCAACAAUAACGCCGACGAUGUUCACUAUUCGAAUCAGCAAAUACCACAUAUUCUCGUCAAUGGCAAUGCAAAUCACCACAAACGAACCAAUUCCAAGAAAUGCCUAAGGCACGAUUUCGCCCGAUGUAAGAGCAGAAGUUUCGUCAAAAGCAGCGAUUCAGGAAACUGCAUGAAUAACAAAGAAUCCAUUUCAACGAGUCGCAGAUCGUCGCUGAAAGAUAUGAGAAAGUACACAUCUCUACCGCCAAACUCCGUUCACAUGCUCUCCUUACUAAUCGAAUCAAAAGUCCACCUACCAAAAUGCUCAUUACGUCAAAGUGUGAACGCCAAACGUGAAAUGCUACGACUACAAGGCGAACGCGAAUUCUUCCUUGGCAUCGUACGCGAUAUAUCAACCGACUUGGACGUAAAAUGCUUAUCGCAAAAAGUCGUCGAUAAUCUAACCGUUCUACUGGACGCAGACGGCGCUUCAUUGUUCCUGGUCGACGGACCAAAAGGCAAACAAACUUUAGUAUCGAAAGUUUUCGACGUACACAGCGGUGCGAGCAGAUUUUUAUUAUCGGGCGCCGGUUCGAAUGCUGAUAACGAAGUGCAAUUACCUUGGGGAGUAGGAGUUCUAGGACAUGUGGCCGAAACAGGAGAAACGGUUAAUUUACAAGUCGCUUGCGAGGAUCCGAGGUUCGACGAUGAAGUUGAUAAGAUUACCGGUUACCAUACCGAUUCGCUGCUUUGUAUGCCGGUGAAGAACGCUUACGACGAGGUAAUUGCCGUCGCUCAAGUGGUUAAUAAGAAUCUGGAUAAUGAUCAAGGAUAUUUUACUGCCAAGGAUGAAAAGUUAUUCGAAACAUAUCUACAAUUCGUCGGUAUCGCCAUAACAAAUGCACAAAUCAUGGAAGACUCGAGAAAAGAAUACGAACGCAAUAGAAAUUUAUUAGAAGUGGUACACGAUUUAUUCGAAGAGCAAACAUCAUUGGAGAAAGUAAUCCUAAAAAUAAUGCAAAGAGCCCAACGUCUUCUAAAAUGCGAAAAAGCUGCCGUCCUGCUGGUGGAUGAAAAUUCAGACGCAACGAAUUUCUCCAAGCUGUUCGAACUCGAUUCGCAAAUAAGCGGUAAAAAGAACGGUCGUAAAACAGUAGACGAAUGCGGAUUAACUAGGUAUUUGGCGGGCUUGGCGGAACGAGUGGCCGAAACCGGAGAACCUAUCAAUAUGGGAGAGUAUACGAUCAACGGCGUCGAGAAUGGAAUAAAAUCGCCGCCUAUCAAAUCACUCCUUGCGAUGCCUAUAAGGAAUAAAAAUUACCAGAUAAUUGGCGUAGCAAGCAUUAUAAAUAAAUUGAAUUCCACUCAUUUUGACGAUAAUGACGAACAAUUGUUUGAGGCGUUCACCAUUUUCUGUGGUCUUGGUAUACACAAUACUCUAAUGUACAGCGAAAUUGAAAAAGCAGUUGCCAGGCAGAAAGUAUCAAUAGAGGUACUAUCAUACCAUACAAGCGCUUCUAACAAAGAAAUAGAGAAAUUUUUGAACUUUCGUGUUCCGUGUGCUGACGAAUUGAAUUUGUAUUCGUUGUCUUUCGAUGAUUUUUCGUUAAAUGAAGAUGAAAUGCUGUUGGCGUCCGUUACUAUGUUUAUAGAAUUAGGAUUAGUUUCAAAAUUUAGUAUUGAUAAAAAGGCAUUGUACAGAUUCUUAUUGACUGUUAAACGUAAUUAUCGAGAUGUACCUUAUCAUAAUUGGAGACACGCUUUCAACGUAGCUCAAGUCAUGUUUGCAAUCCUCAUGGGUUGCGAAAUGAAAGGAACGUUUAGUGAUUUAGAAGUAUUCGGUAUGUUUGUUGGCUGUCUCUGUCAUGAUUUAGAUCAUCGAGGUACUAAUAAUGCCUUCCAACAAAAAGCUGGAUCAGCAUUAGUUCUCUUAUAUGGUAGCACCAAUACAAUGGAACACCACCAUUUCAAUCAAGCUGUAAUGAUAUUAAGUUCGGAAGAUUUGAAUAUCUUUUCGUCAUUGUCAGCUGAGAAUUACUCCUCCGUAAUGAAAGUAUUAAAGCAUAGUAUUUUAGCAACUGAUCUCUCAACUUAUUUUCUAUUACGUCCACAAUUCUUCUCAUUGGUCGAAUCACACAAAUACAGUUGGGAUGUGGAUGAACAUCGCGAUAUGUUACGCAGCAUGUUGAUGACAGCUUCGGAUAUCGCUGCUUCUACCAAGCCAUGGUUAAUACAACAACGUGUAGCCAGACUAGUCACUGAUGAGUUCCUGGUUCAAGGGGAUAAAGAACGUAAUGAAUUGAAAAUCCAACCACAAGCCCUUAUGGACCGUGAACGUCAGCACGAAUUGCCUCAAUUGCAGAUUCGAUGGAUCUCAGAUAUUUGCCUACCUUUGUAUACGUCUCUUGGAAAAAUGAAUCCCAAAUUGAACGUUAUGGCUGAUGGAGCCACGAACAACAUGAAACAAUGGGCCAAUUUAGCAGAUGAACAAGCCAACAACCCUACCAAUAAUUCUUCUUAAGUAGAUAUGCUCCAUAAUACCUAUAUAUUUUUUCUUGGACCAAUUCGUGGUUAUCGAUUGGAUCAAUUGUAUAGACGUCACUUAGGCAUUUUGUAGUUUGAAUGUAUGCCACAGUUUUGUACAUUUAAUUUUCAUAAUAUGUAUUAGAGUGCUCCAUUUAUCUUAAUUGUAUCUAUCUUCAUGUUUUUUAUUUGAAUUUUUUGAAUGUUUUGGGGGUUUGUACGUGUACAUUAGGUUAGGUUAUGUGUAUGUAUAUUGUAUAUGUGUUGGUUUGGUGGCUCUUGUAUGUAUAAGUAAUCCGACCUGGAUUUCUAUUUUUUUUUUUUUAAUUUUUUUAAAAUGAUUUUUGUGGUGCAGAUGAUACGAAAUUGCGUUCAAUUGUGAAAGCAGUGUGGGAAAUGCAGAUUUCUUGAUUUGGAACAUUAUUUACCUACUUAUCUAUCUAGAUAUUUUUAGAGAUCUACAUAAUGAUAUUUUUACCUACUAUUACCUAUAAUUUUUUUUAUUGCUCAAGAUUCUAGAUCAUAAAGUUCAUUAUUUUACUUUAGAUAUUUUGUUAAAAUUAUCUAUAGUAGAAAAAUCAUGAAGACUUAAGAGCAGAUCAAAAAAUAUCUCAACAAUAAAUGAGUGUUUUAAAUAAUGAGAAAUUAAAAUAGACUAUAAAUAAACACUUGUCUGGCUGUCGAAAGAUCUUCCGGUGUGAUAUAAUCAGUUGAGAUGUAAUUAAAUUAGGUAAAUUAUGAGCAAUUUUUCAUCUUCUAUACAAUUAAUUUAAAAUUAAAAGUUUUAAAAUUCAAAAAGUUUCUUUGUUGGAUCAAACGUAGAAUUAUUUAUAAGUAAGUAUUUAGAUGAAUUGUAUUUGGUCGUUGAUGUCGUUUUUACGUAAAAUUAUGCCACUAAACUUUUAUCAGUGAUAAAUGAACAGUUUUAGAGAACACAAAAGUAGAAUGUACAUUAGUUUUUAAUUUUAUAUUAUUUGUUUUAUUAUGUUUACACGAAGUUAAAGUCAAAAUUUAAUAAACAAUUUUUCCAUAA